AUGGCUCAGGGCCCGCCUUCUUUCAGCCGGAAGUCCUCCACACCAUGGGACAGGCUGCGACCUGUAAAGCAGGAUCCUCUGGAAAGCAUGGGGUUCAUCUCCAAAGGCGACAAUAGGCUUCUGGACCCCAAAGCACAGGAGAACUUUUACAACAAGAUUGUCGCUCGAUACAUGCAGUUUUGCACACGGCAUUCCAAAGACCUCGAUAAUGCUUUCGCUUCACUCUCACUGGACGAGGGCCGAUUGGCCUCGCCGGAUCCGGGCAGAGCCUCCCCAGCGAUUGCAACCGGGCAGAACCGUCCUCCUCCUUCACAGGGACCGUCGCCGACAGGUGUGACUGCCUCUCAAACUGGUCAACCAGUUAGCAUGCCAACCUCAUCUCCAUCAGCCGAGCUGUCUACAAUUCUCCUGGCUCUGCGAAAGCUGCGAGAAGGGUUACUUGCCAGCUCAGCGACAGCACCCUCGCCAGUCUUUUCUCAGCGCGUCCAUGUGUUCAACAUCAGAGCAGCAAUCCUUGCCCUGCAUCCACCGGGAUAUCAUGCUUCGCUUUCGCAUCUGCUGUUUGUUCUGCACACUCCCGCAGGUCCCCUUCCACGAUCCGAACUGGUCGAGAUGACAACUUAUCUCAUCCUCGACACCGCUCUUCGGCAGAAUGACUUGUCGAAGGCCUACGCUCUCCGGUACCACAGCCGGGUGAAAUUUGGAUACAAGAGCAGGGCUGUUGAUAGUAUCUUAAGAUCUGUUGUCAUGGGCGACUGGGUCACAUUUUGGCACGUGCGGCAGAAAGUCGACGGCUACAUUCGAGCGCUGCUUCACUGGUACAUCGAGACCCAGCGCAAACUGGCCCUCAAAGCCAUCAGCCGCGCGUACUACACCUGCGACAUCAACUGGAUCAUCCAGAGCGCCACAGGAGGGGACCUUAGCUGGGAAGAACUGGUCCAAGCAGAAGACGUUGGCUGGGUGCGUGAGGGUGACAAGGCCAUCAUCCGAAAGCCGAAGUCCAAGCCCGCCAAUUGA